AUGUCGCACGAUCAGAACGGAGCGCCGGCGCCGAGAGCAGAUGCCGAUUUCGCUGAAGCACUGAAGGAGCUUGCUCGGGGCGAGCAGACCGCCUCUGCGCUGGAAGGCCACCUCGACUCGCUGGAGAAGAAGAUCGAAGAGCUCCUGGCACAAGCCGAGAAGGCCGAGAAGGAUAUGCAGGCUGGCGCGUCCUCCAGCGAGAAGCCAGCUGGCAAAGAUCAAGGCAACAGCUCAUGA